AUGAAGCGCAAAGGGAGCGAUGCCGUGAUGAUGGUCCACCGGUGGAACCGUCCGCUGCUGUCCUGCGAGCCCUGCCGUGAGCGCAAACGCCGCUGCGACCGUCAGCGGCCCUGCUCAACUUGUUCCCGCCGCGGCGUGCUUUGCAAUUAUAACACGGGGGGCGAGCCACUUAAUGCCAUUGGAAACGAUAAGCCAGAACCGAGCCCUGCCGUGCUGCCCCCUAGCUCGGCAGCUGUGCCGCUCGAUCCGACAUGGAGCCCGACGCUGAGCAACGAGGAGAUCGUGCGCCGCCUCCAAAGGCUGGAAAUCGCAGUCUUCGACGACGUCAGCAGCGCCGCUCCCUUAACCGCUCAUACAGCGGCUCCACCACCGCGCAGGACUGAUGGUGCCAAGGACAGCGGUGGCGAGGCUGCGGCCUACGCUACUCACAUUGCGAACAGGCUCCCGCCGCUUGUUCAGGCACGAGAACUGUUUAAUCACUUUGCGCAGAUAUGCCAGCCGAACUGGGGCGUCUUGCACGUUCCCUCCGCGAGGGCGUUGCUGGAGAGAACGUACAAGGCUCGUGGUGCUGCUGGACAACAGGGGCCCGUGCAACAGAGCCCGGCCGCGGAGGACCUACUCCUCUUGUUCAGCAUCUUUGCGGCCGCCGCAUUCAACUGGACCCCUUCGUUGCUGGAGGGGCUCAAGGCCACGCCGGCGGAGGCCAAGGCGGCCUUUGCAGGCUACAACACCAUCGCCGUGUCCAUACUCGACAAUGACGUAUCGCCCGUGAAGCCCUCGACCACGGCCCUCGCGGCGCUGAGUAACCUCGCGCACCUGAGCACCAACUCACGCGGGCUGUCCGACAAUGUCCUGCUGCUGCGGCUCAAGUGCCUCCUCAUGGCGCGGUCCAUGGGCGUGGACCGUCUCGACACGCGCAAGAGUCGGGAGGAGCGGGCCCAGAAGGGGUGCAACAUGAUUGAGCUCGAGGUGCAGCGCCGCGUCUGGUGGAACCUCGUCGGCUUCGACUGGCUGAAUUCGUUCCCGGGGAGUCCUCGCGAGGGGACGUAUGUGAUCCAGCCCAGGCACAUGAACGUCGGCCUGCCAAGCAACGCACCCGACGAGCUCAUUACAGAAGAGAGGACUGAAGACCUUCCUCUGUCUGUGCCGACACCCAUGACUGCGUUUAUAUACCGCGUCAAACUGGCGGAAGUAUGCCGAAAGGCCGUCGAUACCCUGCCGUCCGUAUCACACGACACCGAAGACGUCGACUACAGCGUCGUCUUGGAGCUGGACACGGCAUUCAACGACUUUCUCCACGACUUACCAUGGUUCUUCCGUCUCGACGAGUCAAGUAUGGCGCAGGCCGCCGAAGUAUGCAAGCAACAGCCCAUGCUCGCCGUCCACCGCGUCGGCAUCAACUUCAGCGCGCAGACACGCCUCUGCCGACUGCACCGCCCGUACCACCUCAUGGACCCGUCAUCCGACGCGCGACACGCGUAUUCGCGCACGGCGUGCAUCCGCGCCGCGCACACGGUGCUCGAGCUGCGGCGCGCCAUGGACGACAUCGGCGCGCGCGUGGGCAUCCGGCCGGCGCGCUCGUGGAUCGUGAUGCAGCACGUCUUCAUCGCGGCGCUGAUCCUCGCGACGGACGUGUCGCGCGAUCCGGACGCCGCGGGGGCGGAUGCGCGGCGGGCGAAGGUCCUCGCUGCGUGCGAGGUGCUGGAGCGGUCGACGGAGGAGUCGGGCGCGCUGAUGGAGGGCGUGCAGAAGAAUCUCCAGGCGCUCAUGGCGGCGCUGCGGGAGAGGAAGCAGGAGCUUCCGUCGGGGCAACAGCGCAUGGGCUCUGUGGCGGUGGGGAGGCCGAGCACUCGAGCGACCGCCGCGGCGAUGGACGACGACGUUGGGGAAGAUGCGGCGGAUGAGACGCUGGGAGCGUACGAAGCUGGAGCUGCCCUGGCUGAAGAGAUGCAGGGCUCAGGCGGGACGACAAGCUCCGACGAUCAAAGUAUGGACCUGCUGUGGACGGAGUUUCUGAAUAUUGCACCGGACCUGGAUGUACCGCAGUGGGACAUGCUGCUGGAUGACAUUGAGCUGCCGCCUUUCGCCCCGUAG